ACGGUAAAUUGGAAACAUGCGGAUAGAGGAACUUGUUCUCGAAGGUUUCAAAUCGUAUCCAGUUCGAACGCAGAUCACAGGAUGGGACGCCUCUUUCAACGCCAUCACAGGUCUGAAUGGUUCAGGCAAAUCCAACAUUCUCGACGCGAUUUGCUUUGUCCUUGGAAUAACGAACAUGUCCCAGAUGCGUGCUCAGAACCAACAGGAUUUAAUAUACAAACGUGGGCAAGCGGGCAUCACAAAGGCGAGCGUAACCAUUGUAUUCGAUAACUCAGAUAGGGAGAAGAGCCCGGUUGGUCUGGAGAAUUGUAAACAGAUUACCGUUACCCGGCAGAUCGCUCUGCCCAAUAUUUCAAAGUACCUACUGAAUGGGCACAAAUCACAGCAACACACAAUACAGACCCUGUUUCAGAGCGUGCAACUCAACAUAAACAACCCCAACUUCCUGAUUAUGCAAGGCCGCAUCACCAAGGUGUUGAACAUGAGGCCACAAGAGAUUCUAGGCAUGGUGGAAGAAGCUGCAGGAACUCGUAUGUUCGAAGAACGGAAAGACAAGGCAAAG